AUGAGCAAAUCACCCAACCAUUUGGAUUGGAACGAUAGUGACAGGGACGAUAGUGACAAGAAAGAUAGUGACAAGGAAGAUGAUGACAGGCAAGAUAGUGACAAGGAAGAUAGUGACAGGCAAGAUAGUGACAGGGAAGAUAGUGACAAGGAAGAUAGUGACAGGGAAGAUAGUGACAGGGACGAUAGUGACAAGGAAGAUAGUGACAGGGAAGAUAGUGACAGUGAAGAUAGUGACAGGGAAAAUAGUGACAAGGAAGAUAGUGACAGGCACGAUAGUGACAAGGAAGAAAGUGACAGGUACGGUAGUGACAAGGAAGAUAGUGAAAGGCAAGAUAGUGACAGGAAAGAUAGUGACAAGUAA